UUUCUCUGAACAGCUUUCAGAUUUUCAAAACGGCCCGUCUCGCUCUCUCUCUCUCUCCUGGUGAUCUUCUCGCCUUCUCGAUUUUCACAGAAACCCGGCAUAAUUGUUGCUUUGAUUUCUCCCGCAAAAGUUUAUCGGGAAAAUCAUAGUUUUCUUACGGGUCAAUCGAGUCGGGAACUGUACCAGAGCCUGGGCCUGUUUCUUGAUGGUGUUCUGUGCUGGGUUUUAAGAGAUUCGGAAGGCGGUGUUUUUGACUUCCGAAAGAGUAUGAAGAUCGGCGAGGAAGAUCAAGAAUUGUCAGUUCUGUCGACGAAUUCAUGCCUUUUGAGCGGCUCUUUUCGGGCUUUUUGAAAUAUGAUGAUGAUUUCUAGGGUUUUUGAUAGAAUUGGAACUAGCAUCUCUGAACUGGUAUUUGAACUCUAGGAAGUGUAAUUUUAUUCAAAUUUCGAAGGGAGGAAUUCUCGGGGUUAAUCAGAUAGCCCAUAGAGAAAUAAUAAAUCACUAUGGUAGCAAAAGACCGCCAAAAGACUACUGGAUCUCCUAAAGUGGAGGUUGGGGAGAUAGACACCAGGGCACCAUUUCAGUCUGUCAAGGAUGCUGUCAGUUUAUUUGGUGAAGGUGCCUUUUCAGGAUCAGGAGAAAAACCUGCCAUCAAGAAACCAAGAGAACAUUCUGCAGAGAGGGUAUUAGUAAAAGAAUCACAGCUUCACUUGGCCCAGAAAGAGUUAAAUAAGCUCAAGGAACAGUUGAAGAAUGCUGAAACCACAAAAGCUCAAGCACUUGUUGAACUCGAAAAGGCUAAAAGGACUGUUGAGGAUCUAGCACAGAAGCUCAAUACUGUGACUGAAUCAAAGGAAUCAGCGACAAAGGCAAGUGAGGCUGCCAAGAGUCGAGUGCUACAACUUGAAGAAGCAAAUGGUGGCAGUCCUGCAGUAACUAAUGGAGCCCAGAAAGAGGACUUGGAAACUGGACGAGCACAGUAUGUGACUGUGAUUACUGAACUUGAUGCUGCAAAACAAUUGCUACGUCAAAUCCGGCAGGAUCGGGAUGCUACUCUGGAAGCAAAAGUUGCUGCCUCCAAGCAGGCAGAAGAGGCUGAGCACGCAGCAAAAGCAAACUUGCAGAAAGCUGGCGAGCUUUCUAAGGAAAUCACCGAUGUACAGGAAUCAAUUGGGCUAGUGAAGCUUGCAAUGAUGCAAGCCCAGCAGGAACAAGCAAAGAUAUUUGCCGAGAAGGAUGUCCAAAAGCAGUCAUAUAAGGCUACCCUGGAAGAGUCAGCAAAGAAAUUGCUUGCUUUAAAGAAAGAGUUCGAUCCUGAGCUCACCAAAAAUCUUGAGGCCCAGCUGGCUGAAACGGUAACUGAGAUCGAAGCCUUGCAAAAACAGAUGGAAAAUGCAAAAGCUUCAGAUCUUGAUUGUGUGAGAACAGUCACUUCAGAACUGGAUGAUGCUAAGGGAUCUCUUCACAAAGCUGCCGAAGAGGAAGUCUCCCUCCGAAGCAUGGUGGAGUCCCUUAAGCAAGAGCUGGAGAAGGUUAAGAAAGAGCAUUCUGAACUGAAGGAGAAGGAAGCAGGAACAGAAUCCAUUGCAGGGAAUUUGCAUGUCAAACUCCGAAAAAGUAAAUCUGAACUUGAAGCGGCCCUUGCAGAGGAGGCCAAAGUAAGUGGUGCCUCUGAAGAAAUGAUCUCAACACUCCACCAGCUAUCAUCAGAAACCGAGAAUGCAAGACGGGAAGCAGAAGAGAUGAUGAAGAAAGCUGAAGAGUUGAAGAAAGAAGCGGAGGCCACCAGAGUUGCUCUGGAAGAAGCAGAGCAGCAGCUCAAAGUUGCAUUGGAGGAAGCUGAAGAAGCAAAAGCAGCUGAGGCGAGGGCUCUGAAUGAGAUUAAAAUGUUAUCUGAGGAGACUAAUGCAGCGCGUGCCUCAACUUCCGAGUCUGGUGCACAGAUCACAAUCUCAAGAGAAGAAUUUGAGGCAUUGAGUCGGAAAGUUGAGGAAUCUGACAAACUAGCAGAAAUGAAAGUGGCUGCUGCAGUGGCUCAGGUAGAAGCUGUCAAAGCUAGUGAAAAUGAGGCUCUCAAGAGGUUAGAGGUAACUCAGAAGGAGAUUGAUGAUAUUAAAACUGCAACUCAGGCGGCACUGAAGAAGGCAGAGAUGGCAGAAGCAGCCAAGAAGGCAGUGGAAGGAGAGCUUCGCAGGUGGCGCGAAAGGGAGCAAAAGAAGGCGGCUGAAACUGCAUCCCGGAUUCUGGCAGAGGCGCAAAUGUCAUCAGAAUCGCCCACCCGGCACUACAUCCCAGAGAAAGUUGUACCCCAGAAGAAAGGAACAGAAUCGUCCCCCCGGCACCAUACCAUCAUCCCGGAGGAAGUGAAGAAACAAACGGCUAAAACAUCAUCUCUAUCAAAGAAGGUGCUUUUACCCACUAUCAGUGGCAUCUUCAGAAAGAAGAAUCAAAUAGAGGGUGGUGGCUCACCGUCUUAUUCUUCCUGGUGACUUUGCAGAAGAAAGUCUUGUUUUUUGGUCGUGCAUUGCAAGUGAGAAUGGCUGAGGAGAGAAAACUGUUUAUGAUUUGGUUUGUAUAUUUGGGACAAAUGGAAGAAUUUAAAUUUAUGCUGUCUUCUUUUUAAUGUUCUGGUAGGGAUAUGAUGAAAUGGUAGGUGGUAGGAGUGACUCUCUCUCUCUCUCUCUCUGUAUUUUCCUCUAGCUGGAGGCUUGCUCGAAGAUUUCAGUAAAUUAAAAAUUAUUUCUUGUGUUC